GAGGGGCAGCAGUGAGCUCAGACUAAAUACAUUACCGCCCAUGAGAACGGGAAACGGUUUCAUUGUGAUGUUUAGCUUUUAUCUUGCAUUACUUUAUAGUAUAACCUUCUGCAAAAGACACAAUAAUGUCGGUGUUGGAGUCUGAAGUCUUCGCUGUUUUGGAGACGCUUAUAAAGGUCACGAUUCACGAAGUGACUAAAGUUAUGGAUUCGUCACGAGGCACAUCUCGACAGACAGAUGCUGCAGUGAACGAGUCUGCAAAAUUGGAGUUUACAUCCCAUCUGAAAGGUGUGUUAGAGAAGCAGGCAAAGGCAGCUGUCAGUGAAAUAUGCCGGCUUUUCUCAGCACUUUUGCAUCUUGAGUUGACUCCUGCUCAGAUGGCACAGGACAGUUUGACAUCAAGACCAGAGCAAGUUGAGAAACAGCAGCAGACGGUACAGGAGGAUGCUGUCAAACAAGAAGAUACUACAGACAGUGAUGACCACAGAAAUCAAUUCACUGACCAGCUCACAUUAGCUUCUGAAGAGAACAUUGAGGUUGUUGUAAACUGGGGACAGGAGGAAAUCAUUGACACUGUAACAACUGUGGUUAUUACAGAAGACAUGACAACAGAUUAUUUAGAGAACAGCACUUCUGAAGUGAGUGAUGAUGCCAUACAUCUACAUCUUCAGAAUGAUGUCGGCUGUUUGGGAUCCCAGAUUUCUAAAAGCACACUGGGCUUUCGAAAGAGCGGUAAACAGUUUAGCUGUAAACACUGUAGAAGAAAAUUUGAUUCCAUUAUUCGCUUAAAAGCUCAUUUGGUCCUCCAUCAAGCAGCAAAAAGAUCACACAGUUUGGAUGUACACAACAAGCUUCAUGCUAACAAGCCACCUUCUAGUUGCGAUCAGCGUGGGAAGAAGUGGAGCAAAAAGAGACGGCUAAAAAUUCGCCAGAAUGUGCGCGAUGCACACAAAUCCAUAUGUAAAUUGUGUGGGAAAUCAUUUCGCCGACCUUACGAUCUCAGAAAGCAUCUAGUGGUCCACACAAGGGAAAAAGAGCAUCGAUGUGACGUAUGCGGGAAGAGUUUCGGCCUACCUACUAAUCUGCGUCGGCACCAGAGAAUCCACACGGGCGAGAAGCCAUUCGAAUGUCAGACUUGCGGGCGAAGUUUUAACCAGCAAAAUACGCUGAAGGCACACAAGCUAACUCACACUGGUGAAAAACCGUACAAAUGCAAAAUUUGCGGUCAGGGCUUUGCACAGAAGCGGAUGCUUAAUUUGCACGAGGGACACAACGUGGGACAAACGGGCCAUAGCUGUUUUGUGUGCGGCGUUUUGUAUGGUUGCAAAAAUGCACUGAGAACACACUUUCAGGCUCAUGCCGGACAGAUGCCCAUCCCAUGUAGGGUGUGCGGAGAGACCCUCGUUUCCAUCAACACUUUAAAAUUUCACCAUCACAAUCCACAGCAAACCAGCCAUACAGAUCAUGUCAAACAAACCACACUAUACAACUGUAACGUUUGUGAAAAGUCCUUUAAUACUGCGGGCAGUCUUAAGAUCCAUGAGAGGAUUCAUACAGGGGAGAAGCCCUAUCCCUGCUCAGUGUGCGGAAAAGCGUUUAGUCAACAAGCUUCCCUUAAGGCUCACCAGACCUUACAUACCGGCGAAAGACCUUUUGUUUGUGGUGUGUGUUUGAAAGGCUUUUGCAACUUAGGAAAUCUUCGAAGACACGAGCGCAUACACACCGGAGAAAAGCCAUUCAGUUGUGAUGUAUGUGGACGUGCAUUUAACCAGUCUAAUGCUCUUAAAGCUCAUCUGCACAUUCACACGGGGGAGAAGCAAUACAUGUGUGACAAGUGUGGAAAAAGUUUUGCUUAUCUACGAAAUCUGAGGUGCCAUAAAUGUAUAUAGAAUUUACAGUAGUUACAGUACUGUAAAGUUAUAUUUUAGUAUUCAGGCUGUCAGAAAAUGCCUUGUUGGAAUUUUGUUUUGUGUAAAAUUGGCAUCUUCAAAUUUACUUAAGAAUGUUCAAUGAAGUGUAAAGCACUUUUUGUUAAUGCCAAUUAAAGUCUUUAUAGAGAUGA